GGUCAUAUUUUGAGAAGAGAGAGAGAGAGAGAGAGAGAGAGACGAGAAUUACAGAGGGUCAAGAGUGAAAGACAGGGUGAGACCUGACCGUUGGUGACACGUCGGGAAGACCCACCAAACCGGCGACGGCUUUAGACGAAAUCUUCGUUCAAAGCCCAAAACCCAAAAUAUAUUCAAACCCUGUAAUUUAACCCAAUUCAAUCAAUCAAAAGCCUCUUAUUCAAUUUCAUUACCUCUCUGUCUCUGUCUCUCUCUCUCUCUCUCUCUCUCUCUCUCUCUCUCUCUCUAUAUAUAUAUAUAUAUAUAUAUAUAUAUAUAUGAAUGGUAGAGCUAUUCAAGUCGUAGAUCUUCCUCAAAAGCCCUCUUCUCUUUCAGUGCUCAUACAUCGGGGAUCAAUAUGCGUGGUACUGGAAAGAAAUUAAUCUACCAAGAUUCUGGAAAAUCUUGUCAUUCCAAGACAGAAUCUGGGUCUAAGCUGAUUGUGUCAUUGAAGUUAAAAAAGUGUAGCACAAUAUCCCGUGGCAAGAAACACAAACCAAAAUCAGAAUCUCAUGCAAAGGCAAUUGGUUCAAAGCUUUCAAAGAGGACAGUAAGUGACCCAGCGAGCAAGGGGAUCAGGAAUGAUUCCAUAAGUAGAAAAUUUGUCAGUAGGAAAAUUUUGCAUAAAGCACUUGAUACAAAAUCUUCAAGGAAGAAAUCUUAUCUGAGGCUUCAAAGUGAAAAAGCCUCACCUAAUAGCUCCAAGGGAAAUGGAAAAAACGCCGAAAGGGAGGCCAAAAUUACAAAUCUUAAGAAGAGGAAGAAGAGGAGAGGGCAAAAGGAUAAUGAACAGCUAGAUGAAACUUCCCGUUUACAGAGGAGAUCAAGGUACCUCUUGAUUAAAAUGAAGCUGGAGCAGAACCUUAUUGAUGCUUACUCUGGAGAAGGUUGGAAAGGUCAGAGUCGAGAAAAGAUUAAGCCGGAAACGGAACUACAACGAGCCAAGAAGCAGAUAUUGAAGUGUAAACUUGGGAUACGUGAUGCAAUUCGCCAGCUGGAUUCACUUAGUACAGAAGGAUGCAUUGAAGAUUCUGUCAUUGCUCCAGAUGGAUCGGUAUACCAUGAACAUAUAUUCUGUGCAAAGUGCAAGUUGCGUGAAGCGUUUCCAGAUAAUGAUAUUAUACUUUGUGAUGGGACAUGUAAUUGUGCUUUCCACCAAAAAUGCCUUGAUCCUCCAUUGGACAGUGACAAUAUUCCUCCAGGUGAUCAGGGCUGGUUUUGCAAAUUUUGCGAGUGUAAGAUGGAAAUUCUAGAAGCAAUGAAUGCCCAUCUUGGGACCCACUUCUCCAUGAACAGUAAUUGGCAGGAUGUCUUCAAGGAAGAAGCUGCUUUCCCUGAUGGUGGGAAUUCGAUAUUAGAUCCAGAAGAAGAAUGGCCUUCAGAUGAUUCUGAUGAUGAUGAUUAUAAUCCAGAGAGGAGGGGAAACAGUUCCACCAUCAGCGGGGCUGAAACUGAUGAAAAUGCGUCAGAUAACAUCAGCAUUUCUACUAGCCUGAGCUGGUCUUUAGAUGGUGAAGUUUUUUCUGAAGAGGAGGGCAUGGGGUGUGAAAACCGUGUUGCCAAUACCUUUUUAGAUUCUGAUGAAUCCACAGAGGGAGAAAUUAUAUGUGGCCCUAGGCAGCGAAGAGCUGUUGACUAUAAGAAGUUAUAUGAUGAAAUGUUUGGAAAGGAUGCUCCUGCAUAUGAACAAGUGAGUGAAGAUGAAGACUGGGGUCCUGCUAAAAGAAAGCGGAGAGAAAAGGAGUCUGAUGCAGCCAGUACCCUUAUGACUCUGUAUGAAAGUGAGAAGUGUGCGGAUUCUAACACCAGAGAAGUGAAAGAGAAACUCCCUUUAGAGACACCAAGUAGAAGGCCAUUUCUUAGAAUAUCCUGCACAGCAGUUGAGAAGCUUCGUCAAGUUUUCGCUGAGAAUGAACUUCCCCCUAGGGAUGUCAAGGAGAAUCUUUCAAAGGAGUUGGGCCUUGAUCCGGAGAAGGUUAGCAAAUGGUUCAAAAAUGCACGUUACUUAGCACUUAAGUCCAGAAAGGCAGGGAUAGGAAAGCAACUUCAUCGUUUUAAGAUACCUAGUUUUAAAGAAUCCAGAUCAGAAAACGUCAGCAAAAAAAUUGCCGAUUUUGUGGUAUCAAAGGAUACCUCUGCAGAUAUUAUGGUCUAUGCCCCAAAGAAUAUUGAAAAGGUUUGCCAGAGAAGGCACCCGAAGUCAUUAAGCAGUGUUUCAAAGAAAAAGCAGCAGAAAAGAUAUUCAUUCAAGUCACCUGCAAAUGGCAACAAGGAUAUUUUGGAGUUCAGCGAUGAUGUGAGCUUGAAGAAGCUUUUAGAAGCAAGAACUAAGGAGAGGAAGAGGAUCAAUGUCAUGGCUGGAGGUGGAUGUCAAGAAGCAGAGGCAGAAAUGGAAAGAAUUUGCAAAGUCAAGGUUAGACUAGAGACCAUAAAGCAGAAAUUACUGAGACUUCACAAUUACAAAGCUAAGAAUUCAGAUAAAUCCCAUUUAUUUCAACAGUCUGUGAUUUAUGUUCCCGUAGCAGAGCUAAGGGAAAAACUUUGAUCUGAUUGCAAUGUUUUUAGAAUUUUUUGCACAGCCUUUACUUUUA